AUGGACGUGUACCAAAUGCAGCAGCAAAUGCAGCGACUGCAGCUACAUCAGCAACAGCAGCAGCAGCGCGUUCGGCAUCGGUCGGCCCCUGGCUCAGCACGCGCAGGGACCUUCUCUGCAGCCAGUGGUGUCCCCUCUUCGGCCCGUUCACCACGCAUGUCGGAUGUCCACGUCUUCCACAACCAAAUGAACAUGAUGCCACCGCGUUUACCACAGCAACAUGUCCCCAUCCCCUAUACCCCCGAGUCGCGGUACCUCGCCCAGUUGCAAGCCCAACUGCAGCAACAAAGCCAGCUCUUGCUCCUGAACCAGCACGCCCUCGCCACGCAGCGUCGCGAGGCUGAAGCCGCGUUCCAAGCCAUGGCCCUUGGUCAGCUCGCCCAACACCCCAACAACUUUGGUCCUGGCGCCACGCAAGUACAGACGUUCCAGCCGACGCGACCGAGGACGCCUCAGCUCAACGGCUUUGGCAUCGUCAGCCCGAAAGAAGCCGUUGCACUUGAACGGGUCCCGUCCGCCAGGUCCGACACCACCGGUCCUUCGGCGAUCGACGAGAUGAACGCAAUGAGCAACCCUCUCGUCGCCUCGGCGCUCGCUCGACGCAAGCGGCAAAGCGUCAACCUUGAAACAGCAGCCUCAUCGGGGCAAACCUCUCGCGUCGCGGCACCACCUUCAUCGACGACCGAAGCCGACCCCUCGAUCUCGCCCUCGACCGGUUCGAGCUCGACGUGGGAGCGACAUGGCCGAUCGUCUUCGAUGAACUCCUCGUCAACGGCUUCUUCUCUGAUUCGGACCCCACCGAUGCCUAGCGACCCGCCUGCGUUUAUCCUCAGUCGACCGGGAGAACCGUUCCCCGAUACCUCGGGCUCGGAAGGUGAGAGCAGUCGCGCGGGGAGCCCGACUACGGCCGAGAUGCCUUUCAAACGACGCCCCUCCAUCAAAGCUCGACUCGAACAGGUACCCACUCUUCCGGGGGAGGGACCGAAUACGUUGUCCGACCCCGAGGUCUUUGAGCUCGUCCUCGACAGACCCGGCUCAGGCGGAGUGGGCGCGUCGCCACCCCGGGCAUCCCAUCUCAGCAAACUCGAGUCGGUUCUCAAGGGCCGUCGUCAACGCGUCACCUCGACACCUCCUACCUCGACCGUCGAAUUACAAGACGCUUCGGUCCAGGUCGUGAGCUUCGCCCCGAGUCUUUCCCCCUUUGCCGCGGCUUUCGUUCCCCCUUCGCCCGUCUCGUACACACCCUCGUCGCCCUUCUUCAACAGCUCAUCGCCGCAAGUGCCAUCGUCACCUUUCUCGGGGGGAUACCGAUCGAAUCGUCCCGCUGCCGUUCCUGGGACGGCUUCGGCAAGUCGACAACCACGUGGACCCCCGAGUGAUCUCAAUGGCAACUUUGCGACGAGAAUGAGGCGCAAGGCCGUCCGGGCCCUGUUGCAGGGGAGGGUCGAUCGAGUCGCCGCGGGUCAAGAUGAACUCGUGCCAGCAGUCUAA